CGUAAAGACAGCAGCAUCAGCAGAGCGGUACACAUCGUUCCAACUUAGUACAGAAAAAAAGUGCAUCGGGCACCGAUACUCUGCGCCAUCCGGGCUUAUAGAUACGUUAUCGCACCAGUAAUAACGUUUGGCCGGUGUAUCCAAACAUAUACAUAUAUAUACGGAAAAACACGACCAGCAGAGGCAUAUAUAUACAGCUGAAGGGGAGCGCGACCGAGAGAGAGUUGCCGAUCUCUCGAGCGAGCGAAAAAUCGGACGCCCGAGACAUCUGGAGUGCCGCGGAGUGUAUAUCCCCGUUGGUUGUGUGCGUGUGCUCGCGCGCGGAUAGAUAUAGAAAGUCCGGCUCGUUACGAAACUACUUACGGCCGCGCACUUCUCGCCGUGUGCCCCGUGUGUAAAAGUAGGUAGGCUCUCGCUCGGAUUUAUACACCUAUAUGUAUACGUAUAUGUAGCAGCGCCCGACAGAUCGAUCCGUUGUUGGAAGUUCCCUGCCAUCGGCCGAUCUCUCGGGUUCGGUAGUGGAUAGUACCGGUGAUGGGCGGUUUCGACCAACCUGCUGGCCAAGUUCUUCAGGAGCCGCAUCGAGAGUCGGCGACGGUUAAAAGGACGCGUGGUGCGUGUGAAUUAUCGGUCAUCACCUCUUGAGUACCGAUCGCAUCGAUUUUUGGUGUCGGAUCGUUUUGCAUGUACAACCCGUCAACAACGGCACAAGGAGCCGAGAGUGAUUGUGCGAUUGUGUGCUUGUGCGCGCCAGAGUUUACGUACACCUCGUAUAAGCAUACCUGUACUAUAGUAUCGUAAGUGGACGAACCGACGCUGGAAGGAUAUUACUGGACCGAGAGAUGCCUUGGCUGGACUCGCGGAUAUUAGCCGAGCUGGAGUGGCAGCAGUGAGCGGAGCCGUGUGACUGGCCGUCACGAUGCGCAUGUCGCUGCUGCUGAGACUGGUGUUAGCUGCAGCUGGUGCGCUGCUGGCGAGCGCCGUGGCCGACGGACAGGACCACGAGCGGGAGCAGCAACAUCGCCAGAACCACCACAAUCACCAUCACAAUAACAAUCACAAUCACCACAGUAGUCACCAUCGGGGCCGGACGGAGCGCCAGAGCCCGCCGGGCGAGAUGCUCGGCAAAGCAGAGCGAGCCAAGGCCAUCGGGGACCUCGAGGCGAGUCUGUUGUCGCUCCUCGGCUUCUCCAGGAGGCCGAGGCCGGCGCGUCCUGGUCAGGCCCACGUGCCCGAGCAGCUCAGGCAGCUCUACAGGCGAAACAGCGACAUCGGCGUCGCCAACAUCGCCAAGCGCCGCGUCGCCGGCACCGCCAACACCGUCCGAGCCUUCGUUCACGUCGAGAGUGAACUGGAUGGUGCGUUCACGUCGGCGCAUCUCUUCCGGCUGGCCUUCGACGUGACCAGCAUCCCCGAGAGCGAGAAGCUCCACGGGGCCGAGCUCACUCUGAGCCGAAACGGCCUGAGGAGGCCAGGGUUGAGCGACGACGCCAAGGAGACCCUCGUCCGCGUGAUGGUCCACGACAUCAUCCGGCCCGGGGUACGGGGCAAGAGCAAGCCACUGCUGCGGCUCAUCGACAGCAAGACCCUCGACAUAAGGUCCAACGCGAGCGUCAGCAUGGACGUGCACCCCGCCGUCGAGCGCUGGCUCAGCAACGAGCCCCACAGCACAAACCACGGCCUACUCGUCCAGGUGGUGGGCGAGCCAACGAGGCCCUCGAGCCCGCAUCACAAGAGCGAGCACGUGCGACUGCGGCGGAGCCUCGGCGAGAAGCCGGACAGUUGGCAGAGCGUCCAGCCGAGCUUGUACACGUACACGGACGACGGGCGCAACAGGAAGCAGUCGAGCGCGAACGAAAUGGUGGAGCGUAGGGCGCGCAGGGCGGCGAUGCGGAAGAACCGGCGCAAGGACGGCCGGGAGAAUUGCCGGCGGCACCCGUUGUACGUUGACUUUGUCGACGUGGGCUGGAACGAUUGGAUAGUCGCGCCCCCGGGUUACGACGCGUUCUACUGCCACGGGGACUGCCCGUUUCCCCUGGCGGCGCAUCUCAACUCGACGAACCACGCCAUCGUCCAGACCCUCGUCUACUCGACGAAUCCGAGCCUCGUGCCCAAGGCUUGUUGCGUCCCGACCUCCCUCGGCUCGAUAUCCAUGCUUUACCUCGACGAGGAGAACAAGGUGGUCCUCAAAAAUUACCAGGACAUGUCGGUACUCGGCUGCGGCUGUCGUUGAGUUGCAGGCUUUUCUCUCAAGCGCGAAAAGACGAUACCGUCGGUGCCGAUCCCAAGGACAGCCCACAAGUGCAGAUAUAUAUGUGUAUAUUAAAGUGCGCAGUUAACGAAAAUUAAAAAAAAAAGAAAAGAAAAAAUGUCGUGUGCGUCCGUGUGUAAUUAUAAUUAACGCAGUGUGUGUCUCUCUAGUGUCUUUGUUCGGGAGGUCCUUCCGUCUCAAGUCAUAUAAUUAUGCGUAUAUGGAAACAAUAUGACGCGUCGUUGUGUAUACGUGGACUCGAUGCGAGGAAAAAUUUACGAUUGCCUCGAUUAAUUGUGUAUAUAAUGUGUAUAAUUUAAAUAUGGGUGUAAUAUAUGGAAUUGACGGUGAAAGCGAUCGGUAUAAGUAAAAUCGGUAGUGAAGAUCUCGUUGAGCGAUUCAACGACGCGGUACUUGUAAAUUGUCCCCCACCGCUACGAAAAAUGUGUUUGCAAAAGACUCGAUAUCGGCUUUGGCAAUGACGAUGAUUAUAAUAUAUAUAUAUAUGCACCUACCAACACGUCGAGCAACAGAGAGAUGCGUAUGUAGAGAGAGAGAGAGAAGUGGCGGGCAGAAGAAUCGAGCCGAGCACGCAGCUUCGAAGACGAUGAAGAGGACUAUAAAGUCGAGAGGAGGAAGGAGAAGCAGGCAAGAAAGAGCGAGCGAGCCUCGAGAUAGGCGAAGAAGCCGAACCUCCUUGGGCACGUAUAAUUUAUUAAUAAGGCUGCCGAGAAAACCGGUAUAGAUUUAUACAGUCGUGGUGCGCGCACACACAUUCCACACGUAUCUCUCUCUUUUUUUUUUUUUUUUUUCACUUCUACCUCUGUAUGGAUGUGAAUGCGCGUGUGUGUGUGUGUGUGUGUACACGUACGCGUUGAUCAACACACCGAUCGAGCGAGAGAGACGUCCAGUCCGCGAUAGAACAAGAAACGCGCACACGUAUACACGAACGUGCGUGUACACAUCGCUGAUCUCUCACUCUCGCGUCGUACGAAAUAAAAUAAAAAAAAAAAUAAUAAUAAUAAUAAAUGUUUGCGAGCCACUCCAAUGCUUAUUGUGUGUGUGUGUUGGAUAUUUGCGUGUGCGCGCGGGACGCCAAGAGCGAGCGAGAAAGUGCGCGUGCGGCAGCCGAUUCGGUCUUGCGUCAUUGAAACAGUCAACAACCCGAUAUAAUAUAUAUAUACUGCUGUAUAGAAAUGAAAAAAAAAAAACAUUUUUUUUUUAACUUAGUCCGCGUCUGUGUGUUAUAAAUGCGUUGGUCGGUGAUUUUCCGACGAAUAUGGAAAAUAAAUGUGUACAAGGGAACGUGGGUGGAAAGUGAGAUUUUUCGGUCGUGAGGAUUGCAAGCAAAUACGAUGAGGAAUUUGGCGAUCGAAGGGGGGGGGGGGACUCGAAAUCAGUGCCCAGCCGCGGAAAAUGUAAAAAAAAAACGCAACCGGCUAAUUCUUCCUCGGUGGGAGCAAUUGAAAAUUGAUUUGCAGCUUCGAGACGCGAGCUGUUGUGGAAAUAAUAUUUGUACAAGUGUAUAUGGACGGGACAACGCAAUACCCCGUUGUAAAAAGAAAGGAAAAAAAAAAAAAAAUAUGAAAAAGAAAAUGCAAUCUAUUAACGAAAUAUUCAUGUGAUUUUUAUUAUUUUUUUAUGUAAUUUUUUUUUUCUUUGCCUAAUAUAAAGAAAAAUAAAAAAAAUAACGUAUAUUUAUCGUAAAACCGUACCUGCUUAAGGAUUACUAUUUAUUGUAUCAUUGUUUUUUUUCUCUUUACUGCGUAUUAUACCCAAUGGAUUGUAUCGAUGCGCCGUAAAUGCAUUGUGUUAUUGAUGUAACCAUCAAAUGGAUGAAUAGUUAAGUGUGUAUAUAUAAUCUGAAUAGACAGAUACGAAUGGCGAUUGUUCGUUUGACGGUACGUAAUGUAUGUAGGUGAGGAGAAAAAAAAAAAAAAAA